UGGGAUUCGCAUGUUUCAUUGGCUUCACGCUUUAUUUCAUUGCCACAUUGCCACCUUGCCACCCCUCUCUCACGGUCGAAUGAACUCCAAGCCCUAAAGGAGGAUCAAGCACCCCGUGAAAGGCAUCGAACUUCCGACGUCAAUAAAGGACGACAGAAGAAGAGAGGGUACAGCUCGUACCAGUAGGUCGAAAGCGGUUCCCCAUGUCCCUCCAAAAGCAUCCUUGAUUCCUACAUCUUCCAAAAAAUAGCCAUCAUUCUGUUGCACCAGCUUUUUGUUUUGAAUCCAAGCUACUCCCCACAAUUAUUUAUAUUGUAGCAGGUCCGGAGAACAACUGAAAUCCGGAGGUUUCCUUUGUCCAAGUCAGUCAGACAUCGGAGACCACACCGUACCAUGGCGAAACAGGUCAUCAUCCAGGCCAUGGAGGAGGUCGUUGGGGAAUAUGUGCUCAACAUGUCACACGACAAUCUAAAGAUUGCGGCGAUUCGGGGAAAGAUCAAGUUGGAGAAUGUACAAUUAGACGGCGACUUGAUUGGUAGCCAUAUCUUGGGAGCUGUGGGUCUAUCUGGGUUUGGAAUCCUUUCCUGUUGGGCACGGACGGUAAAGAUCAUUGUCCCCUGGAAAAAUCUGGAAAAGGAGCCGACACGAUUUCAAGUGGAGGGGGUUCACCUGGUGUGUGUUCCAUUAAUGCCAUCGACGGCGACCAAAAUGUACGGGGCUGGAUCACAGCUGGAUCCUCGGUGUACUCUUCGGACGCGGGCCAAGAGAAGUGUGCUGGCACGGUUGGAACGAAAUUAUUUUUCGGGAAGGAUCCCAGGGGAGGGACCGCCUUCCAAGAGAAUUCGCAGAGCUGUCAAGGAAGUGGAACGAGAGCUGCGAAAGAGCAAGAGCAAAAAGAAAGGUGGUUCUAGCAAGGAACUGGAAGAGGAUGACGACUUUAUCAUUGACUCGCUCGUGACAGAUUUGAAUGAAAUGGAUUCCACUUAUCAAGGGAGUGAAAUGACAGAUGACGAAGAAAAAAACUCCAAAGAUCAUUUUAGCAGUACUUCGGAGCGUCUGCCAGAGUUGCCCAGAGACUGGAAAGUAAAACUACGCGAAAAGGUCCUACGAAAUAUGGAAGCCAACAUGACGGAUGUGCAUAUCAGAUGCGAAGUUUCCGAGAGAGGACUGGAUUUCUGUCAUCCGGAUCAUCGCAGAAAUACUCCCAAAAAGGCACCAGUAGAAACCAAUCUGCCGGCGGACCAGCGAUCCUUUUCGUUCGGUUUUACUCUGGAUAGUUUGGUUCUCAGAACUGCCAACGAGCAAUGGGAUAUGGGAAGCCACGAAAAAUUCAGCUCCAAAAACCAAAAGGGCAGCAAGAGAUUUUCCAAACAGCAACCAGAUCAUCUGGGACCCAACGAAUAUGUCGCACGCAACAACAAAAUCGCUUCACUCAUCAAUCUGAAAAUGUACUGGGACGAUGAACCCCCCAUUCUGCUUUCGGAAACGGAUGUGUUGACGGGAAACGUUCAAAAGCUUUCUGCGGAAAAGCUCCAAGCCCGAAUCUCGGCUGCCAUGGACGCACUCGCCAACCAGCAAGAACCGGGACAAGCAAUCAGGACGUCCUUGAAUGCACCAAUUCCACAAUCUCUCGAGCCCAAACGACACCAAUAUAUUUGUGAAUCAGUCUCAGCCCAAGUUCGCAUCAAAACAAGCGACCGCACAUUACCAGGACCCAUCUCCUGUUCUGCAGAAUUUCUCCCAUUCCACUUGGCUCUUCGUGUACGCCCCCAUCAAUACAUCCAAUAUCAGACACUCAAAAAAGCAAUGGUGUCACAGCAACGGUUUGAUACCAUGCUCCGGCAACGCCCAAAGGUGUCCAUACACAACAACCCGCGAGCUUGGUGGGCCUACGCCAUUAGUUGUGUCAUGAGCAGACCCAACUGGAGACCAUGGCAAGAUGUCUUACAAAUUGUUCGAAAUCGCGAUCGAUACAUUGAACUUGUAUGCAAAAAGCUUUCUACUGAGGGAGCAGGUUUUCAUGGUGGACUCCACGAAAAGGAAUCCUUGGAGUUGCUGGCACUGGAAGAUUUGCUUCCAAUCGAAGCGUUGAUGGCAUUCCACUUGCUUGCUCUGAGAAGCUUUUAUGAGUUACAGAAGAGCACUGAUAUUAUCCCGAAAGAAGUCAGCAGUGGCACCCCAAAAAGUGCCAAAUCGAAAAGCAAAGGGUUUGGCCGCUUCUCCUUUUUCGGAAGCAGCAAGUGGAAACGAAAGAUGCAGAACUCAUACUACGGGAGUUUCAGUGACGAUGAUUACAUGACACAGCCACUGGCGGAGGAAUCUUCGACAUUGACUACAUCGUUGUCGGGGUUUGAGUCGCAAACGCUCGACACGGGCAAGUCCAUGUCACUUUUGGAAGCAAUGACGCUGAGACUCGGCAACAAAACAUGGUACAUCGCCUUCAAGCUGGCAGAUGCUGCAGCUACGCUGACCUUGCUUCGCGCCACGGGGGACACCCCGAUUGUUCAACUGUCUCUUCGAACCAGCGGAAUUGCGCGAUCUUUUGGCCGAGCCAAAGAUUUCUUCUUUGAUGUCACGAAAUGCGAGGUAGUGGACAAACUGAGUUCCGAACGGUCCAAGCAUGGCAGGAUGGGAAAACAAGUGCUCAUUGUUAGACCAAUCGAAGACGAAGUCUUCUCGGACCUUGAAAGCACUGACGCAAGAUUGGGUGAGGACGCACAAAUCUCCGCCGUGCCAUCCUCGACUUUUCGCGACGCAUCGAUGGUGGGACCUGAUCUGUUGGAAGUGGAGAAUUUCAAAGAUUUGCCCCCUGCUGGGGUUGUCUGUCGUGUAGCCGCUUCCAAGGACAUUGGUUCUGUGAAACUGAGCAUAGCAGCACAUCCUGCGACACUUGUUUGGACGACUCCUUGCGUCGACGCAGUUGCUGAGUUUUUUGCUGCGCCUUCAAUGGAAAAGACUGAUAUCACAAGUAACCUAAGGAAUGCCGCAACUCCACUUGCAAGGAAGGCACAGUUGGCACUUCUCUCUCCUGCAACUCUGGCUUUGAAUGUGAAUAUAGCAGCACCCAAAGUGUGGUUGCCGAUCACGUCAAAGGGCUUGGCGGGGGCAUUGUUUCUGGAUGCAGGGCAUUUCAAGUUGAACGCUACGAAAGGCGAGGGGCAAACGAAUAUGAAUUGGGAUCUCAAUGCGGAACACCUACAUUGCGCGUUUCUGAGGGGACGAAAUCUGUCGCAGUUACAGGAAACUACUCAGUUUCCCCACGCGAGUUUGGAGGCUAACCCGAGCACUUCCAUUGUCCGCCCAUUUCAUGUGAAUUGCGUUGCUCGUGACCAAGAAGUGCCCGAUGAGGGAAUCCCUGAGUUCAACCGAUACGGUGGAUCAGGUGGGACUCUCGUUAGGACAAUUGAAAUCAAAAUCAGCCCUAUUUCUUUGAAUCUUGUUGACGCGGAAGGCCUAGCCCGCUCUCUAGGAAAAUGGUAUGCACAGGGCCUACGGCGAGUUUCCUCCCGGAGAAGAGGAAACAAGAAGCAUGGAAGGAAAAGGGGAAAACCUUCGUGUGUGGACACGGAGAAGGGCUCCCUGGCGGCGUCAUUCGAAAAAGGGACUUCCAUACCCCAAAACCUUUCCAUCUCGGUUGAGAAAAUCGAGAUUGCGCUAGAAGGCCACUCGAAACAAGCCUCGUGCAACUUUUCAGACGAUAAAAGCCUUGCCUCUUUGGAGUCGUUGUCUAUGAUGGAUAUAUCUCCUGCCAUUCGCGUCUACGUUGUCGAGGUAUUCGGAAUUUCAGUACGACGGUCACGAGUGCAUGAUUCGUCCACCACCAAAUUCUUGAUGAGGGAUGCAUCGAUAGUUCAAUUGAGAGACGCAUCCAGCUAUGUCCCCAUGAAAGCGACAAAACACGAAGCCGAUGAGUCUCAAUAUUGUAUAUUGCAGGGUUUAAACACUCCUGGUGAACUCCCGAGUGCAUGGAAAACUCGGUUUCCCUUUGGCUCGCUCGGUCGCGAGACGUCAGGUUCUGCCUCAGACGAAAAUACCAAGCGAAGAGACAUCGUUUCCGCAUCGAUGUUCCAUGAUGGCAAUCUGCACCUUGACGAAGUUGAAAUCGACAUUGACUCUGUUGUUGUGAGGGUAACUCCGACCACCUUGAAAGAUUUCCUGAAGGGCCUUCGAAGGAUUAUCGAGCUCGUACAGCUAAUGACGAAGGAAAUGGAGCGAAAGGUACACGAGGAAGGACGGAAAGCAAGACGAAGAGACCGUCCACCUGUUUGUACUCUUGUAGAUUCUGAGAGUAUGAGCAUCCAUCAUGAUUUGUCGGAUCGACCACCGUCGCCGACCAACUCUGAUGUCUUAACGGAAGCUUCAUCUUUAGUCGGGCAAGACGAUGCUCCAGCAUCAGAUUCGAGCAUUCUUUUCAAGGUUACGAUCCGAGAGAGCACACUUCUCGUAGGACGUCCGACAUUGCCUGCCAAGACGUAUACGGACAGAAAACCCAGAAGGAAGAAGCACAUGCUGCAGGCAACUUCCUUCGCCGUGAUUCAAGUUUCGUCGAAUGCACUCAUCAUGUUUCAGUCUGUAGAGAACCCCGAUGGGACCGGAUCCAAAACAUUGCAUGCCAGUCUUGACAAUUUGUCGGCAUCAGUCAACACCGCCUUCGAAAGGAUACCACCAACGCAGGCUCCUCCUAUGAUUGGGCCAACUGGAGCAGAAUUCAGGGUCGUUUAUGCAACUGAAAACCUUGGUUGUGUUGUCUCACAAGAGAUCUCUCUGGACUGUGAAUCUCUCAAGUCGUGCCUAACUCCGAAUGAUAUGAUGAUUCUAAUCAGCAUUUCCCGGAAAAUGCUCGAGCGCUUGCGUUCAUUUGACUUUCAGGGGCAGCCAAAUUCCGUGCCUGGUCGAACGCCCAAGCCGAAACGCUCUGCCUUGUCGCUGAUUCGGUAUCAGAAGAGGGGUACCGGAAUUGCAACACGCAUCAGGGUCGAAAUUCACUCCUUUUCCUUUGUUCUUUUGAGAGCUUAUCGGUCAAAAUAUGGCGCAACCGACUUGCUUGACUUCAACAUCCGUCGCCUCAAGGGGAAACUUGAGGGAUGCAUGUCUGCACUUUCUGGCGAUUGCAGUGCAUCUCUUGCUGUGAACUUCUACAAUUCUCAAGUAGGUGACUGGGAAUAUGCUCUUGAACCUGUGAGCGUUGGUCUUUCCGUGGACCAAAUGCCCAAUGAAGUGGUACUGAACUUGUCUCCUGCGGGAGCAAUACACAUGAACCUUACCGGUAUUCUUUUGCGAGACUUUGCGGACAUGGACUUUGAUGUGCUGCGCAGUCGCAAAGAUGAUGAAAGAAGUGUUGACACGGCGGAGAAGGCAUUGACGCCAUCGGUGUUGUCUACAGUUGGUCUCCGUCGAGCAACCGAGUCUCAUGAUGUCAGGAUUGAGAAUAAAACGGGUCUGGAUCUCUUCAUCAAUCCACCGAAAACCGUAGAACGGCAACAGAUGCAGAGCAGCACGGUACGAUUCGAUGUUCCUGAACCAGGUUUCGUUCCCGACGGUGGCACCAUUCUACUAGAUUCUGUGAUGUCCGUUGAAAGUCCCCGAAAGAAAAGGCGACCGGUCAAGAAACCAACCAAGCUCUCUCUUCGAUUGGCUCCAGCAAGUAGCGCUUUGAUUGGCAAAAGAGAACCAAUCGUGGAUCUUUCCAUUGAAACUCAGUCGGCUAGCCUUUUUGCACUGCGGCCGGCUUCGACCCCUGAAACGACUCGUAGUAUGGGUAGUCGGACGAGCAGCAAAGGAAGAUCAAGCCCUGAAACAGUCCAAAGUGAUCUGACUCGCAACGAUUUCAUAUCCGAUUUUGCUUACUAUAAUGCAGAGCCAGUGAUCGAGUGGUGUUUCCAGCUUCAGAGACUCCGCAGCAGUACUGCCGAUGUGUUCAGCCUGCAGAAAGGGAGAGAUCUUCUCUCAUCAAGCGUUUGGUCACCGGAAGACGAGAUGAACGACAUUAUCAAUUUUACGCACUAUCUUUCCGCUGAAGCACCGGUUGAUCAAAAGGAAAGCGAAGCCAACGACGACUUUCUCCUUCGGGUGUCAAAUCCUGAGCUGGAAAGGAAGACGGCAACAUCUCGGGCUCCAUACAAUAGCAACUGGUUGCGACCUUAUUUGAAGAAUGACUCACCAGAAUGGACCGACAUGACUUGCAUCCUGCGAAUGGCUCGAGAACGAGUGAUGCUUCCAGAUAGCAAUUGGAUCUGGGUCAACGAUUGGAACGCAGAUCUCAGUGGAAAAUUUGGAGAAUCGACUGAUGCAGACGGUUGGGAAUACGAGCAAGACUUUGAAACCUUCACUCGCAACAGGCGUUUCUACGUUCGUGGCGACUGUUGUCGUCGAAGGCGCUGGACAAGGACGCGAAUGGUCAAACCGCCAAGGCUCGAUGAUCCACAGAGAGUGUUGAAGAUUGUGUGGGAAACAAGCCGAGAUGAAACUGGAAACUACUCCAUCAGGGUUCGUAGUCCGCUUUCAUUCCACAACUGCACGUCCAUGCCUCUUACAUUCUUCGUAUACAGCCCUUCAUGGGACGAAGACAAAAAGGUUGGAACUGCGGAUGCCGGAGAAUCCGUCUUUGUACCAGUGACAUUGGCAUCUGCCGUCUAUCUGAGACUGGCAAGAAAACUUGGCACGAAGGAAACAACAUCGAUUAGUGAUUUCGCAAAGAGUGAGCGAGUCAUGAUUCUACCCACAAGUCCCACAUCGACGACGUAUGUAAGGACGACGAUGAACCUUCAAGAUGUUACAAACACAACGUUGCAUUUUCUGCUGCACGUCAAGAGCAACAAAGGUAUUGUCGAUGUUACCAUUGAGCCCGUUAUGAAAGUUAUCAAUCUUCUCCCAUGCCAGCUCGAAUGCCAGCUGGGAGAAGUGCUUAGAGGAGCGUCAGAGAGGGUGGGGGAUACACGCCCCGUCAUUGGUAGCAGUGGCAAACGACUCGGAAAAGCCGAGACUCUUAGCGUUGCCUCGGGCCAGGAGGGCAAAUGCACAGCUGUUGACCCAAUGUCGAAACCACACAUUUCGUUGAGGGUUCCUGGCUACAGAUGGUCCCCGUGGCAACGGAUUGUGAAUCGGAAUCCAAAGUCGCACACAUGGAGACCGAGCGAAGACGAAGAGGACUGGCACAUCAAUUCCAACAAAUCUGACGCCGACUACGCCGAAGAAUUCAAGAGCAUGGUUCGUUUUGAGCGGACGGGAAAAGUGGGCGACCCGCUGAUCCUUAUCAUCAGCGUUGAAUGUGGACAUUCGCCGACUGUCCGGGUCUACUCGCAAUAUUGGAUUCUGGACAAGACGGGUUUUGGUUGCCGUUUCUGCGAAGGGUUUACGGAUUUGUUGGGCUCCGUGCCAGACAACGAAACAUCCAGAAGGUCUCAUUUGCUCUCGGAAGAGGCCAGAGACCCAGACAUCCAGUCGGACAUGCAAGUGCAGGGGCAUCAAUGGUCGAUUGGUAUGAGUGGAAUGUCUUUAUAUUUUUCACAGCGUGAAAAGUUUGCGUUAUCCAUCGAGAGCGGAGCUGGUGACGGUAGGUACAACAAGGGCAAACAAAGCAUUCGUUCCAAGUGGGUUUCGCCGAUGGAUGUCAGCAACGUGAUUCCCAAGACUGUUUUCAGCGUCGAGGAACUUGGAGGACCUCGACAGUUUGAACUUGCCAUCAGUGUCACCGUUUGCCCUGGGCUCUUUGCCAGAACCAAGCUGAUCACCCUGUUGCCGAGGUACCAGAUAGUCAACCUGUUGCACAGAGAGCUAGUGGUGGCGCAAGCAGGCUGCCUCGGGAUGGAAACACUGAUACCUUCACAAUCAUCAGUACCAUUUCACUGGGAAAAGAAGACAGGUUCGUCGAAAGUCCACCUCGGUGCUCCCUCUGCUGAGGAACGAGACACUCGAACGUACCACAGAUGUUGGACCAAUGGGUGCAUACAGGUUGACCGCAUUGGAAUCACCUCGAUGCGAUUGCCAACAGACAACUCACUUUCGUCGAAGCCAAUGGUUGUACAGGCAGAAGUUCGGCUUGCAACAAAGGAGCAAUCCUCUGCAGUUGUUGUGGUGAUAUGGAGCGCCAAUGAGAAGUCGAAUCCCUUGUAUAUUCUGCGCAAUCGGACAGCCGACACCAUCAUUUGUCGACAGCCUCUCCAGGAUGAGCCAAGUGAGCUGGAAGGUGGGAAUGACAUUCUGGCCAUUGAACCUUGUUCUCAAGGGAGUGGAACAGAGCUGGAAGGAAGCUCCAGCAGGAAGGGACGAGUAUUUGAGUGUGCCUCCGAAGUCGGGCCAAUGAUUCGUUCCUUCCUUGGGCUAGAUCGCAUCGAAGAGUUCGUUUGGAUUCUUGGGGGUGGAUCAGUUUCGUGCUUUGGUUUCGACGAUCCCGAGAAACCUCACAUACUCGAAUGGACUUGUGUUUCAAGUGGAUCACCGCGAUUUGAGGAGAAAGCAAAGAAAGCAUUCUUGGAGGUAGAUGCAAUGGGGUCAUUGAGCACACUUUCCAUUGGUAACAAAGAGAUUUGUUGUCAAAUUGGCGCAGAGCAUUCCACGAAAGUGAUAGAAUUUUUUGAACUGUCUCCUCGCAUGAGUGGUCUUCCUCCCAACGUGUUGCGAAAGCAAGGGAUUGCAACCAGAGCCAAGGCGGGUGUCGUUGGUGGAUUCAUGGAUACAUUUGAUGAGGAGGACGACGAGGAAGUUUCUUUUAGUUUGAAAGUGGAAGUGCCAGCUGCCACUGUGAGUAUCAUCGACAACGCAGAUCCCGAGAGACACGGGCGUGAAAUCCUGCUUGCACAGAUGGAUCAGAUACUCUUCACGUUCUCCCAAAGCCGUGAGGGCUACCACGAAUUCGAAUGUCUCCUAUCAUCGUUCCAGGUUGACAAUCACGUCAACAAGUCCAUUCACCCCGUACUGAUUUUUUGCCCGAGGUCAAACGAAAGUGAGCCCUUCCUCCAUAUGUCCGCCGUGCGGCGACUACAGCAACACAGUACUACGUUGGUAUUUCGAUAUGCGGCGAUUCGUAUUUUAGAAAUACAUGCAUUCUUGGAUAGAAGAACCGCGGAAAAGAUUGCAGAGUUUAUUGAACCGCUGAAAAUCAUGGAGCAUGCACACGAAGAGAAUGACGAACCCCCGGAUUGGGUCUCGAAUCUAACCACAACGAUGGGGAAGAAGUUUGCCAAGCCCGAUCGGAGAGCGCCACGGGGGAUCGAAAGGACUAUACACACCGCCAAUUCGGGCAGAAUAUAUUUUGAACAGUUGCAUUUGCAUCCUGUCAGGUUGGCAUUGACCUUUACUCAGGAGUGGAUGGAAUGGAAUCCGGGAUCAGAGAGCAUGAUGAUCUUUCAGUUCAUCAGAGGCAUGGCUAGUAUCGCAGAUGCACCCAUCACGUUCACGUCUUUUGUCGUGAGCCAUGUCUUUGAAGCUCCACAAGCGUUGACCCGCGUCAUCGGCACGCAUUACUCCUCGCAGCUGACGAAACAGGUAUUUGGAAUUGUGGGAAGUCUCGCUAUUCUUGGUGCACCCGCAGAUUUCAUUUCAAACGUCGGAUCAGGAGUCCGAGACUUCUUCUACGAACCUAUUCAGGGAGCGGUUCACGGCCCGAAGCAAUUCAUUGAGGGGUUAGAAGCUGGAACUCAGAGUUUGGCAAGGGGCGUGUUUGUUGGAGUUGUGAGAGGCUCAGCCAACGUGGCGGAAGUGGUAAACGGCAACCUCGCAGCUCUAACAGCUGAUGAUGACUUCAUUGACGAGAGAAAGGCUCACCAACGAAUGCUGACUGAUGCCAUGAGUCGCGGUGUGGCCAAGAGGACAUUCGGCGAUUCUCUCUACUUGGCCGGGGCAAGCGUUGUACGAGGCCUUAAGUCUGGAGCUAUGGGCAUCGUAGAACAGCCAACAAUUUAUGCUUCCAAGCACGGUCCGGUUGGGUUUGUAAAGGGGGUUGGCAAAGCGGUCGUCGGAGCGCUAGUGAAACCCAUUGUUGGCAUUGGCGAUGCCGCUGUUCUUGUGAUGAACCACGUGUCGGAUGCAACUAGCAACAAAGAAGUCCUCCCCAAGAUACCCAAGAGGCUGAGGCGAGCACUUCCAAGUCAUUCAGUGGAGAAGAAGAACUGUGUCAGGUUGCUUCCGUACGACGAGCGGGCAGCAAAAGCACAAAAAAUCGUGACGGGUGGCGAAAGCGUCGAUGAUGUGUACAUUGGGCAUGUCAACAUCCCAAGUCACCUUAUUAUUGCCAGUGAACAAUGCCUCUGGGCAAUUGACCGGCGCACGAGAGAGCCAUGGUGCGUGAGUUGGGAAGAGAUCAGUCAUUUCGGCAUUUCGGAAGGGAACAUGAGGGUUGUUGUGUUCAGCCAAACAGGACUGAAGACAUACAUCUUUCAAAUGGAGGGAGCGGAAGAACUUCACAAAUUGCUCUCCAUGCAGCAACGAAAGAUGGGAAAUUCGUCUAGUGAUCUGGCUGAUUUGAAUAUUUCACUACUAAAUCACCAGCAUGAAAGCUUGUCACGUCAUCAAAUUCCCGGAAUCAAGAAGCGUCAGGUCAACCAUGUCUUUGGAAGUUGCAACAAGACAAGAAAGCGCCUCAGCAGUACAAUCAAGGAUGAAAUUGACCUCAUCGAACAGUGCUUUGCACGAGUGCGAGCAAUUGGCAGCGAGUCAAGUUCCUUUCUCAAAACUUUGGACGAAGAGGCCUGGGCGCUCGUGAGCAGCUGGGGUCAGGUCUUCUCGGGGUUGAGCUCCCGACGUUGCAUUGCGGCAAGUAUUAUCAAUGGAACAGGAAAUUCCAUACAGGUGAAAAGUACAAAGCUCGUCGAAGGAGGUUCCCCUUGUUACUCCAUACCCACAAAGGAGUUUGAUCCAGAACAAGGCGUGCUGAAGGCUGGUGGUGCAAUCAUUUUCUUUGGUUGGGGGGUUGUCCCAAACCUGCUGCAGGCCGGCAACGUGUUCAUGCACAUUGAAACAAAUGCGUUUAUUAGCGACUUGUCUGAUCAAAAGAGCCACGCCACAUUUGCAGAAGCAAUGCCAGGCCACCAAGUUGGUUUCCUCGAGAAGAGCUACGACGACAGUGGUUGGUGGGCCAAGUAUUGGCUUUUGGUUCGAAAGAAGUAGCCCAAUUUUGUUUUUGUACAAACAGUGUUCUAAUAAAGUAAAAGUGUACUAUCAAGCCUCCAUAG